GCUCAAUUUGUCAACAACCGCCAAUAUGGCGGCUGUGACGGCUGGCCGUCCUAGUAAGGGAAGGUCAAAGCGUGCUGCUACGGCAUGUGCUUUCCUUUCGAAUAUUUCACUGGAUGGAAAUAUUACAAAGGAAGCAGCUGAACGGAAAAAAGAAAAGGCUAGUCCCAAAGAAAGCAAUGAACACGAUCGUAGAGACACUGGCCUCCCGCUAGAAGCGACAAGAAGGACAAGGAAUAAACUGCUGCACUCUGUAUCUGAACCCUCGACCUCCGGUGGAGACUCUUUUGAGGACAGCUCCAAACGAUCAAUACACAGACAACGUAGUGUUACGGAGGCUAUUCAUGAGAGAAAAUGUCAGGAGAGCUCCGUAAUGGUACGAAGGAGUGUUUCAAUGUCUGAAUCGUCCUACGACCCUUCGACUACGAGUGUUAGUUUUCAACGUACGAAGAAUCGGAUUUCGUGUUUGGCGGGAUCUUCUUUCCACCACAAGAGACGAGCAAAUGACAAGAGGUGAGAGCAAAUUCACUUUUACAAAUACAAGCGAUUUUUCAAAUCAUGUCGUCCCCUUAUAACGAGCUAUAGUGUCAAAAAAAUUAAGAUUUAAUGAAGUGUUCUUGAUCAUAAAUUAUUUAAUCAAAGAGUCCUCUAUCAAAUUAUUAUUAGAUAAUUUUACUUUUAUCAAUGAAGAUAAAGCUGAGUUCCACACUGAAUCUUUACUACGUUGUCCAAAGAAUCUGCCUUGUUUUGAUUUAUUGAAGUUUCUGUAGAUCUAUUUGAAAAAAAUCCGCUAAGCUACACAGUACUCUGCAACUUAAUCAAAUAUAGUUCAAUAUAUUUAUUUGGAACCAAGGAAAUUGUUUUCUCGUCCACUCUGGUUAAACUGCGUCAUGUGGUAUGGGGCUGGCAGAUUGCAAGCAAUAUUGUCAAUAUUUCUUAUGUGAUGCAGAAUUUUCAGAUAAAACUCUAGUAGCAUGAGAAUACCGUCAACUGAAUAUACUCCAUGUCUGAAUUAAAAAGUUCUUGGGUAAUCAAAAGGCAUUCCUAGACUUGGCAUAGCAUGUGGGAAAUUUUGCAGUCUUGGAUGCUUAAGGAAUGGUGUAGUGAUUUGAUAUUUGUCCAAUCUUAGUUACACAUUUUGGCAACAAAAAUAAAAAAGCAAAGCAAUAUAAGAAGGUGGAUGUCAACAUAGAGUUCAAAUCAAAGCUAGGAAAAGGAGUAAGUCAAGAAAUAGAUUUACGAUCUGCUUUUGUUUCUCGUUGUUGGUUUGAAAUCCCUUUUAAAGCUGCAUACAAAAUAUACUGAAUAAAAAUAACAUUUUGAUAAUAAAAGGAGGGUUAUGAAACAAAUAAUUCCUUUUAACUUGCUCUAUAUUGGACUGAAUAAUGCUCUGUCCUGAAAUGUUUUCCUGAGUGUUAUGUUCAUCCCAAAGUAAUUGGGGAAUUGAAAUUAGGGUUAGAGAAGAUUAAGGAAUUGUAAGUUGUACAAACUAUAAUCUAAUGGAAAAACCACACAAUCCAUCAGUGUCUCUAGUCUCAAAAAUUUGAAACAUGUCACAUUUCUUGCCAUCAUCUUAUAUUAUUUCAAUUAUUUUGAAACUAAGCUGUGGUCCAUUUUGAUAAAAAAGCUCUGCAAUAAUUUUCUUAAUCUUUUUCAUUGUUCAUUAUACAGUUUCUUUGGUUAUCUUGGAUAACUCAUGCACAACUUUGUGCUUUGAACAAUAUUGUUGAACCAGUACUUUAAAGGACAAAAGGUUGACUUCCAAUUUCCCACAAAUUUUUGCAGUCCUAUGGAAAGAGAUUUGUCUUAAAAAGUUGCAGUAAUAUGGUUCAGAAAUUUGACUGUGCAAGCUACAACCAUCUGGGAUCUAUUGCAACCUUUAUGGUGGUCUCAAAGAUUUUACCGCACAAUCUCUACCUUUUUUCAUUUGAUUUCAUUGUUUCUGUUGAAAAUUUCUCCAAUGAAAUAUCUGAAAAGAAUCUCACUAUUAGGAAACCAUGACUGUAAAUUACCCAGGCAGGAAUGCUGAAUUUUGAAAUUCAGUUAAUUUUUAUUCAAUUAUUUGAAUAUGGAGACACAUAAUGAAUUCAGUCAGAAAAUCAUCAAUCCAUUAUCUGUGAAUUUAUAAGCAACACGUUGGACAUAACUGAUACAUAUUUGUUAUGGUCAAAUCCCAUUAGGUGCCAAUACAAACAAGGAAAAGACAAAAGAUACAAAACUUGCGUUCAAUAAGGUACUCGGGGUUGAAAUUUUAUUUCAGCACUGACUAAUAGUUGGCAUGUCAUUUGUUUACAGAAUAGUCUUGUGUUCUUCUCAAAAGGCUCCACUGGCCACCUACUCUGUCCUGAAAUAUCAUAAGGAAAACCAAGAAGCAGGCCAAGAAGGAAUGAGGUGAGACCAAAGAAUCAGAGUGAUUGGCAUCUACAAUGAGUCAUUUUGUUUGGUUUAUUUUACACUCUUCCAUUUCUGUAGAUAAUAAAGUACAUGAAAAAAUUACAAGCUUCUGAGUGGCUGAAAACAAGUGCAUUCUCAUGUAACAAAAGUGCAAAGUUGUAAAACCAGUGCAAAGGUGUAACAUGGGUGCAAAUUACAAAUAGUGUGCAUACGCUUUCACAAUUUUGUCUGUCUUGACUUUCUGUGAUGUUUUUUCUUGUACUUUAUCAAAAAGUAAUUACAUGAUUUCUCUUGCAAUUUUAUUUAACAAGCACUUGUAAAUUUAUCAAAUACUACAAAUUGUACUUGCCCUCCAGGCUUGUGCAAUUUUGUUGUCUUUGAAAAAUUUACUCUUGCUUAUUAACACCAGAUUGCACUUGAAAUCAUGUUAUUACCUAAUACUAAUUAUACAAUUUUGUAAGCAAUCUAGAAUGAAUAAGCCAUUUGAAUUUUUCCAAGCUUAACUUUCUGCAAUUGCUAAAAUUGCACUUCACCUGCGAGAAUCAUUAUCUUUCUUAAUCCUUUAACUCCCAAGAUCUCAUUAGUAAUUCUCCUUACUGUCUACCAUGCAGUUCUUGUGAUGUUAGUUUGGAGAAUCUGGUACUGGAUCAACUUAUAAUCCUUUAAUUGAUUUUUUUUCUCAUCACUUGUCUGCUUGAUAUUGUAUUGAUAUUGUAAGGAGAAAUUCUGUCUUGGUCACUCAUGGGAGUUAAAGGGUCAAUCAUCUCUCUACCAUGUAUGAAUUGGCUUGAGGUUGUGGUAUUAAUAGAAAUGAUUAAAUGAUUUCCCAUUCUUUUUUUGUAGUGUCAAGAAGAUAUCCAUAGCUACACCCAGCCAGUCUGCUGGUAUUGAAGGGGUUCAACUUGGAACAAUUGACAAGGUACACAAGUCAUUUAGUUUUAGUGAUAAAUGGAAACAAGUACUAACUGGGUUGGCAGUGACAGAAGAGGUGAGAAGUUUAUUAUAGUAACUGUAAUCUGAAGUAUGUGAACUAAAUAUCUUUUCAUUUAAAUUUGUUCCUUUUUAGCCAGUAUCAUACAGAUCAUUUCUGAUAUCAACGUAUCCCUUGGCUUGGAAUGAAGCUGUUUCCAACAAAGGAUCUCCAUCUGUACCUUUACCAAUGGAUAAUGGAGGACUUGUUUCAGGUAAAUGAAUGUUAACUCUUCUUAUCUGAGACUUUUAUUAUUAAAGAUCCAUAGCUAGAAUUUCAUCACAUCAAUGGAAGUGUAAUAGGCAGCUGUUCCCAGAAAAGGGGUUAUAAGGGCUUUUUUUCAUCGAAACCUGUGUUACAUGAAAUGAUAAUAUUCAGGACUUGCUUAUCAAAGUAAUGAUGUAGGUGUUCAGUUUUGAAAAUGUUGUGAAAAUUUUCUGAUUCUUUGUAUCCUUCAGAGAAUGUCGAGGGAACAUUGCCAUCACCCAGUUGGUACGAUCCCCUUCUUCUUGAUAAUCCUGAACUGAAAUCAGGUCGGCACAGAAAGGUUCUCAACUUGACUUCAUACUUGGUAAGUAUAAUUUAUAUGGAAAUUAGGAAGUAUUUCUAAAUCAGUAAUUCUUUAACAUCUUUCAACAGCUCACUAUCUACCACCGCUGCUUUUUCAUGCUCGAGAUUACUGUCCUCAUUUGUGGCAAAGUGUCACUAAAAACAAAAAUUUCAUGGGGGUAUAUCUCCCCCCCCCUUACCACACCAAUGUUUCACCAAAUAUCAUAAAACUGAAAUGGCAAAGUAUUUUCCUGUAAAAAAGGGAAGGGAAGAUAUAAAUAUCAAAUGAAUAUGCUUUUCAGGUAUCCAUGGUGGCAUAUGCAAAGCCUUCUGAGCUGAAAAAAGACCUGAAUGAACAAUUCAGAGAAAAGUUUCCAAAUCUCAACAUUACCCUCACAAAAUUAAGAAGGUAACAAGAUUGUUUCCCUUUUAACAAGUAGAUUAUGAGCUUGAGAUUUCUAUCAUGUGUUAUUAUAAGCUGAAUUAAACAUACAUUUCAAUUGGUUCCUAUCCUUGAUCUAUUGAAGGACAGACACCCAGAUAAUCUCAUCACUGACAAAAUUUUCUUCUUGAUUACAAAAAUCAAAGAUUCCUCAUUGUUGUGGGUCUGUUCAAUGAUAGAUCACAGAAGGUGUCAAGUUGUGGUGAGAACAUCAGGGACACACUUGGCUGUACCUCAUGUGCCACUUUUUUGUUGUGACCACAUUUUGAUGUCACCUGUGAUCUGUAAAAGAAAAGACAUACCACAACGUGGAAUCCAUUUGUAAAACAGUUACGGAGGACUAUGGUCACAUCAUGAAUGUUUCAAUAGCAGAAUGCAGUCAAUUGUUGAUUGCAGAUGCUGUUUAGCUGAAGGUAGUUUGAGAAUCUUAAAAGUUCCUAACUAUGAUACUUUUUAUUUUUUUCAGCUUAAAGAGAGAUAUUAUAAAAAUAGCAUCACAAGUAAGUUUGCCCAAGACUCAGAAUUACCUUACAAGUCAAGUGCUGUGCAAAUUUUUCAUGUGUUGUUUGGGAUAAUCUGACACAGUUUAAUUGUUGUUAUUUUUUCCUUCGUUGCUUUAGUUCCAUGUUAAGUUAAUAUUUGUAUGACAUGACACAGAAAGCUAUGGGGUGUACAAUCUAAAUUUUGCUUAUACUGUCUUCAGUAAUCUGUUCAUGUGAAGUAGAUGCUGGAAGGGUUAUGUUAAUAUUAUAAUUGAUAAUAAUACCUUAAUGUCUCUGCUUCUCAGGAUUGCCAGCUUGAUCCAACCACAGUGGGUUAUGCAUUUGUCUAUUUUGAAAAACUUAUUUUGAAGGUAAAAUUUCAUUUUUUGCUCAGGGAAUUUUGGCUUAACCCUUUAACCCCUAAGAGUGACAAGCAUGUAAUUUCUCCUUACAAUAUCACCCCUGAAUCAAAUGUUAAAGUCGAGAGAAGAAAGGAAAUGAUCACCAACUUAAGAGGCUGUUUAAUGUUGAACAAAUUCUCUUUCUCAGCACUGCAGGAAUAGAACUAAACACUUAGGGAUAUAUUGAACUAAAAACUUAGGGAUCAUACCAAACUUCUUUUGUGUUGUGUAACUGUUAAAAUAACUUGUAAAAUAACAAUAACAUGCAACAUACAGUAGCAACAUACAUGGUAGAGCAUUGGAGUACCUGGCAGAAUGCAGGACGCGUGUUAAAUAUGAACUUCAUAAUGGGCUUUGCUCACCAUAGAGUCUCUGUGGCUCAGUGAGAGAGCAUUAGAGCGCAGAAUCUGAAGGUCUGAGGUUCGAUUCCUCAUGGUGACUUGAAAUUUUUUCUUUGUCCCACACUUGUGACAAGGCGAAAAAUAUCUUUCUUUAUAUUGAGAACAUGUUACUUAUUUCUAUGCUAACCACAUGAAUAGAAAUUUGCAGUGAUUAUUAUGUUGUUGAAAUUGAUCCAAUAAACCCCUGCCUUAGGUGGGAAGGUGUGAUGAGUAGGCAAUGCCAGUCCUGGUCAUAUGUUCUGGGAUUAGCCUGCUGUGUCGGUGCAUUUUACUGUAACCACGUGCUAAAUAUUUGUGACUUACAGUGUAUGCACAUUUUUGAACACAAUAUAUUUUUUUACAGGAAAAGAUUACUAAGGCAAACAGAAAGCUUCUGGCAGGUAGGCAUUCUUUUUCUUCUUCUUUUUCUAUAAAUUGAUUCUCUGACUUUAUUAUACAUGUAAAUAGCUUUUACAUUUUUAGAACUGAGUGUGUCUAGAGGGUUAACUUGGAAUGUGAAGAGGAGAUAAUUUUUCUUUUGUCUGUCAGUAGUUGGGUUUAUGAAACCAUCCUAAUUUCAAAUUUUUAUGUUUAGGUUCCUGCUUGUUAUUGGCUGCAAAAUUUAAUGGUGAUAUGAAAAGAGAGAAAAUCAAAGAGGUCAUUGAGGUAUGAUACCACAGCUACUUUGUUAUAAUGCAUCUUUUUAGAAUUUGAAUGGAAAUAAUCAUGUUGGUAUCCAGUUGUCAUUAUGGUGAAUUUCAACCGUGAAAUCAUUCCAUGCAAUCAGUUUGAAACUUCUGCAGCAAACAUCCAUCAUGUCAUCCAAAUCAUGCCAAUUUACAACUCUUCCAUUGAAGCUGAUGAACAGCAACAGCUCUUUUCAGGAAUAACAUCCUCUAGGGGAUCACACUCCAGAAUAUAUCUACUAGAGAAAUUUUCAAUGGACUGUUGAAAAUAAUCUGAGACUGCAUUGCAUUUGUUUACUUUGCUCUGUGAUUGGUCUAGAAAACCCACACCAUUCUCUCAACCAAUCAGAUGCUAACCUUUAGGCAGUUUGGAUGCGUUUACUUUGAGUUCUCAUUCGCUCUUAGAGGGAUUUGCCUUUCUUCUGAUCAGCUGUGGUAAUUACUAGAGCAGAAAUCAGACAAAGUGAGUCAUCAUCAAAGUGAUUGUCAGAGUAAAAUUUUUUUUUUCAUCUUGUAGGCCAUAGAGGAUAGGCUUCGAAUAUCAGCAAAAGAGCUCAUUAGAUUUGAAUUCCAAGUUGUUAUUGCUCUGGAGUUUGAUCUACAUAUUCCACAGUGGGAGAUCUUACCGCAUGUCAAACGAAUGGAAACAGAAUAACUUCAUAAAAAUCCGUUCAUAAAUAAUGUCACCACCCAUUCUUAAUUCAAACAAUGAAAUUGUUCAGGAAUACAAUGUAAUGUUGGGUUUUAGAAGGUAUUGUUGCUUGAGAAACACAAGGUUUGUACACGCCAUGAAAGGAUGUGAAAAAUUUAGAGUUAUCCAAUCAUCUGUCAUUUUUUCCAUGAUAAUAUUUUUUAUGUUUUUUCAUUACUGUAGUGCAAAUCUCAUUACCUUCAAGGCCUGGAAGCUCAAGUGAAUUGAGUGUGAUUUCCUCAAGGGAAAAAAAACCAAAUAGCUAAAGAAAGAAUUAUUUUGAAAACAAGCUAAAUUUUUGGGUUAUGAAAAUGUGGGAUACUAAUACAAGGGAAUACAGUUCAUGGAAAUUCAUGGUCAUGAAAUAUUACAAACCACUCAUUUUCAGGCCCAGUUGUUCAAAGCUGGGUUAAGAUAACCCAGGGUUGGUGUGAAAUUUGAUUUCAGAUCUGGAAGCUUUUAAAAAAAUUGGCUUAAUCCCACUUGUCUAAAAUCUGAUGAUUGAAUACACUAAAAAGAAUUGGAGGACUUCUCCCAAAACAGCUUUUGAACAGAGAAAUUUAGAAACCUGAAUAAAAGUUUAACCCUGUGUUAGCACCAUUCGGCCAUCAAACAACCGGGUCCAGGUCUUUUGUAGAAUGUUACACUGUCUUUGGGUGUGGUCGUUCAGUGUUGAAUAUAAUGAUGUGAUUUUAUGAGCUUCUGACUCAGUAUUAAUGAGACAAUGUAAAUGUAAUGUAGUGGGGAUGGUGAGGUAGACAUACACACUACUCAAUUACUCUCUUUAACCCUUUACGUCCUAACAUCAGUGUGUAUAUUCUCCAUACUGGUCUCUGUACAUUUAUCAAGGUGCUGACAAGGAGAAUUUAUUUUGUUUAACAAUACAGAGCUUCCCUAGUUGGUGAUCAUUUCCUUUAUUCUUAUGACAUUAAUGUUUGAUUCAGGGGUGAUAUUGUAAGGAGAAAUUAGAUGCUAUUCGCUUUUAGGGGUUUAAGGGUUAACUAAUGAUGACAACUGGAAUCCAGAGCCUACAGGGCCAGUUAUUUACACAAGGUCUAACCUAAACCGCCGUUUUAUGCAAGCAGUUGGCCUUACGUAUCCUCCCCAAGAGGGUUGUUUCCAUUAAAUACAUGUCCUUCUACUGCUAAUUUUUGGCUCCCUUUACUCUGUUCACAAAAAUAAAUGUUCAGGUUAAAGAUUCAGCUAAAUUCAAGAUAGUUUAGAACGCGGUGUUGUUAAACAAGGGCUAAAGUUUGAUUAAAUAACCGGCCCAUAAUGUCCAUCAUCGUGGGUUACACUUGAAAAAUUAGUGGAUUGCAUGAUAUCUCUAAAUAGGUUAUCACUCACGACUAAGGGCAAUCCCUCUUUGUCAGAGAAGUUCGGUUGUGCGAGUAAUAAAAAAAAUUCGAUUUAUGGGAAAAACAGUUACACGUUGUAAUAUAAAUGUAAAUUCCAUGUUCUGUGAGGUCAUGUUUAAUAUAAAUUAUGAAAUCCCUGUUUAUGGGAAAGAUUUUGUAAAUUGAGAUUAUAAGAAAUUGUAUAUUGAGAGUUUGUAAAUAGUGGCA